GACUAUAAAAGAGUCGGCUGGACCUCAGUUCGUUGUACAGAAGCACCAUGGGCAAGCUACUUAUCUGCGUCGGACUGGCUCUCCUGCUGCACGUGCAGCUAGGAUCAUCCUACAUCCUCUCCUGUUAUUUCACUAACUGGGGACAGUACCGUCCCGGAGCAGGCAAGUAUUUCCCCACCAACAUUGACCCAUGUCUCUGUGACCACCUCAUCUAUGCCUUCGCUGGAAUGGACAACAACAUGAUCAAGACCUACGAGUGGGACGAUGAGAAACUCUACGGACAGUUCCAGGCCCUGAAGAACCAGAACAGCAACCUGAAGACUCUGCUGGCCAUUGGAGGAUGGAACUUCGGCACUCAGAAGUUCACGGCUAUGGUUUCCUCUGCUGCCAACCGUCAGACCUUCAUCAACAGUGUGAUCCAGUUCCUGCGCCAGUAUGAGUUUGAUGGUCUGGAUAUCGACUGGGAGUACCCUGGCUCUCGUGGCUCCCCACCUCAGGAUAAGGAGCGCUACACCGUCCUGGUCCAGGAGAUGAUGAACGCCUUUGUGGCUGAAGGCAAGAAGACCAACCGUCCUCGCCUGUUGCUGACUGCUGCCGUCUCUGCUGGAAAGGGAACCAUCGAAACUGGAUACCAGAUUGCCCAGCUUGGAGCUGUGCUGGACUACUUCCACGUCAUGACCUACGACUUCCACGGUUCAUGGGAGCACAAUGUCGGAGAGAACAGCCCCCUGUACAAGGGCCCCGCUGACCAGGGAGCCAUGAUCUACUUCAAUGUGGACUAUGCCAUGAACUACUGGAAGAGCAACGGUGCCCCAGCUGAGAAGCUGCUGGUUGGUUUCCCCACCUACGGCCACACCUUCCGCCUGGCUUCCUCUAACACAGCUGUGGGCGCUCCUGCCAGCGGACCUGGAGCUGCUGGACCUUUCACCCGUCAGGCUGGUUUCUGGGCCUACUAUGAGAUCUGCACUUUCCUGAAGCAGGGAGCCACUCAGGCUUGGGAUAGCACCCAGGAUGUGCCAUAUGCCUACAACCAGGGAACCUGGGUCGGAUAUGACAACGUCAAGAGCUUCAACAUUAAGAUUCAGUGGCUGAAGCAGAGUGGUUUUGGUGGAGCCAUGGUGUGGAGUUUGGAUCUGGAUGACUUCAGCGGCACUUUCUGUGGCCAGGGAAAAUACCCCCUGAUCAGCACCAUCAAGAGCGGACUGGGAACUGGAGCUUCCUGCGCUUCCCGUCCCGACCCCCUGCCUCCAGUCACACCAACCCACGCUCAGCCCCAGCCCCAGCCCGGUGGUGGCGGCAGCAGCGGCGGUGGCAGCAGCAGCGGUGGUGGCAGCAGCAGCGGUGGAUCUGGCUUCUGCGCUGGCAAGGCUAACGGACUCUACCCCGACCCAACCAACAAGAACCACUUCUAUGAGUGCGACCAGGGACAGACCUAUGACCAGCACUGUGCUGCCGGCCUGGUGUUCGAUACCAGCUGCAAGUGCUGCAACUGGGCUUAAACAAUCCAUGGUUGUACUUCACUAGGUUAGGAGCUGGGUCAACUAUCAUUUAACAUAAGACCAUCCAACCAAGGCCCAUUCGAGAACAGCUCUGUAACACCUGUCACUGAUGUAACUUAAAUAAACAUCGCAUCUAAAGCAA